CUAUUUCACACACAAUGGUCAGCUGGGAGACAGAGGGGAUGGGAUCAACUCCGGGCUUUGCAUCUUGUCAUUUUUUGACACUAUGGGAUGUCUCUACUCCUGAAAACAUCAUCAACAACAUGGGAUUUGCUACCAAACAGGAUAUCUUCACAACAUGAUGUCACCAUUGUGUUUCUUUAUGGAUAAAUUGGAUUGUUGACGUUUCUGCUCUGACUGAGGCUUUGCUUUUUUAAGGAUAAAGAGUUGUAAAACUGAUUUGUUCAUAUUGCAGAAAGGUAAAGAGUUACGAGAUUUAUUGUCCUUGUUUACUCUCUUGACCUUGCAGUGGAUGGAGAAUAACAGUCUCUGUAAUGGACCUGAAGACUUUUGAGCCCAAAUAAUGCCAAGAAAGGCACAAAGGGAGGAAGAUGAGGAGAAAUACACAGAUUAUUAUCAUCCAUCACUUUCCACCUGUCCAUCUUGCAACCAAGAGUACGACGAGGUCCUGAUCCUGCCUUGUUCUCAUACCAUGUGUGGUCACUGUGUAGCCACUGGAGAGAGAAGAAGCUCAGGUCAGCCUCUCCACCGCCUCAGCGUCAGUCUGCCUGUCUGCUCUGUGCUGUGCCCCAGCUGUCGACGCCCUGUGGAGCUACCAUGCAGGACCUGGUCAUCCGCCACUUCCUGUUUACCAAAACAUCCUUCAGUGCGUCGGGCACACAUCAGCGGGGAGAUCCAGUCCGAGGAGGAACCAUCUGAGGAUCACUUUCAGCUUGUGGAGCAGCCUCCACGCUGCAGAGAGUCAACAGAAGGAAGCUCACACAGUUGUUUACACGAAUCCAAUGCUGCUACAUCCCCAGUGGAUGGCGCCAUAGACCUGCAAGAGGAGGACAUGGCGAGGUCUGUCUCUGGACUGCGUUUUGCUCUGGACUCUUCCAGUCUCCCCACAUCCCUCCGUCUCUCCAGCAGCUCCCUCACCGUCACCUACCGCAGGCCUCAAGGCAACAAGGUGCAAAGGUCAAAGACAACAUCUGGCCUGGAACUCCCACAAGUGCGUGGCGACGUCGUGAUCGCACGGGGGCAAUAUUACUGGGAGGUGGAGGUCUGUAACAGCUCCAUGUACAGGAUUGGUGUGACCUCACGGGAUGGUUGCUGUGGCUGGUGGCUGGAAAGGCAGGGUCGGUCUUUUUGGGUAGUGUACGAUGGGACCUCCGAGCCGAUCUGCACUGUCCCGCCUCAGAUCAAAAGCCUUGGGGUUUUCCUCAACAUUGGGGGCGGGGCUCUGAGCUUCCACAACCCCGUGACCCACGAACACCUGGCCACGCUUCCUACCCGCUUCAGUGCCACCGGAGUGCGCCCAGCUCUGGGCCUGGGCCAGGGCUGCCUGAGGCUGCGCUGCUGCCUUCCUCCUCCUCCACACAUCUUCCUCAGCAAGGACUCAACAUACAAAGGACCUUGUGUCACUGGUGGAAGCCAGUGGCGCAGGGACAUUCCCUUCAAGUCUGUGAGGAGAGUGAUACAGACGUUUGAGCAGCUGGCUGUGGUGGAGUCAGACUCUGGCGUAAUGUCCAGUUUUAGGUCAUCGUCCUCGAACUUGUCUUCCCCUCCAGAUCUGGGCAGAACCACAGGGCAGGAAGCUGCAGCUGAAUGAGAAGGAACUUCUGAAACUUCCCUACUGCUACUCUCAGCAGUUUGAUUUCUGGUUAUCAAUUGAAAGGCUAAUUCAUUUUUUUUUCAUCUUGAGGGACUCUUGGUUGCCUCUCUCCACUCUCUGUGUGACCCCGGACCUGCAAUUGUCUCCCUCUCCCCAUCACACAGGACCUUCCUCUCCACCAAACAUCCCCUGCUGGUUGGUCUCUGAGCUAGAAUGAGUCCCCUAUAAUGUGAAGUGUGAGGAAACAGUGGGCUUUAAGCAGCAGGACUCCUCGGUUUAUCUCUGUGUGAUGGUUGUCAGACAGUAGGGGGUCCUGCAGUAGUACUGUGCAUGCUCCUGUAAGUGUGUAUAUACAGUGGGUGCAUUUGCUCAAUCACUCACACAUUUUGCUGUGUUAGUAAACCAAGAGGGAACCAUGUACAGACGGCAGGGGUGGGCGACGGCGAGGUGCGAGUACAGUGACACCGACGGUGUCAACGCGGAGCAGAGACAACAGGUGGUAACACACGUUUAUCCCGCGGCCUCCCUUCGCUACAGGGCAGUAAGGGCUGUCCUUUUCUGACCCUUUGAAAACCACAGGACGCCCAUGACACUUCAAAAGAACAACAGAGAGCAGGAGGGACAGUGAGGGAGAAAGAGAAAACAGCAUGCAUGGAUUAAAGGCAGCAGGUGAUGAACUGGGAAGAAAGAAAGAAAGAAAGAACUGAACAUAGGAAGAAGAAGCUCUGAAUACAUCGACUGUCCCAUGCAGGCCACACUUCUGAGAAUGUGUUCUCACAAGUUGUCUUGGCACAUUGCAGUUAGUCUUGAUUGCACACACACCACUUAGUGAUCUCUGCAUUUCAAACAUCCUUUUUUACACAAUCGUGAUGGCAUUUUUCCCUAGAGCAACAGUGAUUGAAAAUAGAAGUACCAAUGCUUGCUGCUGGGGGCCCAAGCUUUUUUAAAGACAAUUUUUGUACCCGUUAAGUUAAGUUAAGUGAA